CUACCUUCCUCGCCCCCAUUUCUCUCCAAGCUGGUUUGUGUUCGUCUACCUAGGUAGUCAAAGAACAACGUUUCCUUUCGACACCGCCUUUCGUUUCCAGCAAGUAGAUCGUCAAGAUGGUUAGAAACAUCGUCAUUCUCUCCGGGAACUCCCAUCCCUCCCUCACAGAGUCCGUAUGCAAUAUGCUCGGAAUUCCCAGUGGGAACCGCAUAUUGAGCAAAUUCUCUGUCGGGGAGUCCCGUUGCGAGAUUCAAGACUCGGUACGAGGCAAGGAUGUUUUCAUCAUCCAGUCCGGAGGUGGUUCCAUAAAUGACCACUUGAUAGAACUCUGCAUCAUGAUAUCUGCCUGCAAGACUGGUUCGGCCAAGCGUGUCACAGCCGUGCUCCCGUUGUUCCCCUACUCUCGACAACCAGACUUGCCCUACAAUAAGAUUGGGGCACCACUGUCGAAGCCCCCGACCGAGGUUCCAAAGGACAAGUACACGUUUGAGAGUGUCCCGGCAACGCCUGGUCCUGGCAUCAUUAAGAGUGCUAGUUUCAACAGAGAAACGGACCUCGCUAGGGUGAUGAGCAAGACCUCCCUUACUAACGGAACCGGGAGCGUGAACGGCCUUCAACGUAAUCAUAGCGAGAACUACAUUAACGGCAAUGGGAACGCCAACGGGCAUAGCAGCGGGAGCACCAAUGGAAGCAUUAACGGCGACCAACAUACGGCUGUAUACCAGACCCAUUCACGUGCCGGGAGCUAUACGACUCACGACUACGAAAAUCCCGGACUCAUUUCAACGUUCCAGGCUAAACCAGGAUAUAAGAGAUGGGUUGCGCAGGCUGGAACUCUGGUGGCAGAUCUCCUGACCUGUGCCGGUGCUGACCACGUCGUCGCCCUGGAUCUUCAUGACCCGCAAUACCAGGGUUUCUUCGACAUCCCGAUGGAUAACUUGUACGGCCGCCCCUUGCUGAAACGCUAUAUCCAGCAAAACAUUCCCGACUAUAAGGAGGCCGUGAUUGUGAGUCCAGAUGCUGGUGGCGCAAAACGAGCCACGGCAAUUGCGGAUAGUUUGGGCAUGGACUUUGCCCUCAUCCAUAAGGAACGACGACCAACGCGAAUAACGGAUCGACAAAACGCGACGAUGAUGCUAGUAGGCAACGUUGCCAACCGAGUCUGUGUUAUAGUUGACGAUCUGGCCGAUACCGCGAACACCAUUACCCGCGCUGCGAAGUUGGUGCGAAAAGAGGGAGCAACGGCUGUCUACGCACUCCUUACUCACGGUGUACUAAGUGGUGACGCCAUCGCCCGUAUCAAUGCUUCAGCUCUAGACAAGGUUAUUGUAACCAACUCGGUUCCUCAGGACGAGCACAAGAGAUUGUGCCCCAAACUUGAAGUAUUGGACGUUGCACCGAUAUUCGCCGAAGCUAUCCGCCGCAUCCACCAUGGUGAAUCUAUCAGCGUUCUGUUUCAGUAUGACUGAGCAGCCGCUUGAUUCGAAGUAGGAUGGAAGUUAUCCUACUACUAAGGGCCUCGCCGACCGUUCACGGUCACCACUACACGAAGGCAAUCUGUUAGGACGCAACAUGAAGGGACGAGUCUGAUGGGCCACAUUUCGCUUCCGAAUGAUUCCUUUGCGAGCAUAAUAAUUAUGCUUAUGACGCAUUUCCUAUUUGGGGGAAUUCUUUUGGACCUGAGCUUCGAAGCUCGGUUUUAAUCGUCUCUCGUUUCAUAUGGAAUGCAUAGGGUCCGACGGCGACCACACUCAAGGUAGGCUAGAUUUAUUAGCUGGUUUGCUUUCUCCUGCGUCUGCCACUACGACCGGGCACUUCU